AUGGCCGACUACUGCUAUCAAUCACAAGCCUCUUCGACUGGCUCUUCAUGGCUUCCAGAGUAUGCCUAUAGCCCCUCCAACAACAUGCAAAUGCAGGACUGGGCCCGUGCUUUCCCUCGGCCCCGACACUCUCGUGUCAUGAAGCCGAGGAGUGCUGGAAAUAGCCCAUCAUCGAUGGCUAGGAGGAGGACUACAGUUGCUCAGAGUGGGAUGCAGGGAGUUCCUAAUCAGUAUCAAUCAUCGCUGGAAGCCGCUCUUCUGGCUUCUGCCGUUCGCAACCCUCGUCCUAUCAGUUGGCAUCCAUCUUCAGCCAGGACCAGGGGCCUUUCUCACUCAACAUACUUUCCUGAUUACACCCAAGAGAAUUAUGCCGACAUGAGCACCAUUCCCAAUCAGUCUCUCGACAUGAAUGCUCUCUCUGUUUAUGGUAGCGAGAAUAUGCUCUCAUAUCCAAUGUCUGCCGACGCUACGCUCUCACCGGAUAGUUACAUCCCCUUCUACCUCGACACCAACGACGCCAUGCCUCUUCAACACACCAUGCCCAACUCGCAGGUCGAGUCAAUGGCAUGGGAUACUGGCUCCAACCCCGUCGAUAUGUCGACCAUGCAAACAACUUCUGAUGGCUGGUCACUUGAUAUGCUGUCAAUGGCCAACAUCCCUCCACCCGAGACUACAUGCCCCAGCUACGCCAGCGUGCCUUCCCCUGGAGAGCUCAGUGGUCCAUCGACUCCCGACUUUCUUCCUAUCCAGCAAUUUGACUCGCCCGCCUCAAUCCAAGAAAAGAAGCAGGGCAAGCCUGAGGAGGAGUUGGUCGGCAUGGGACUCUACAGCCAACCGAAUGGUUCUAUGAGCCAGUCGCAGCAGGGUAUUUUGGGAAAGGGGCUGAAGCUCGAGGAAACUUUCUCGCCAUCUGACGACGAAAAAGACGAAGAUGACGACGAGAACGAUAUGGAGCCUGUUCCUCAACAGAGCAUGUCGCAGCAACCAGCGCCCAUGCCACAGCAUGUGUCGCAGCCAAGGCAGUACGCUCAACCAGCGUUGAACCUUCUUCACAAGUCCUUCUUUUUCGACCACGAUGACAUGGAUCAGCAAACAAUGCCGUCAGCACCCUUCGCUAGCCUGAACCAAUCGUGCAUGAGCUACGGUUAUGGGUGGAUUUGA